CGGCCUUUGCUCUCUCUACCGUACGAAGGCAGUUAGUAGCUGUGAUUGAGGUUGUUGUCGUUUGAUGUUUGGUUGGUGUGAAAAUAUUCUAGGAGUGGAGAUUGACUACCUAGCUUGGUUAAAGCAGCUAACUAAUUAACUACUUGCCGAGGCAUCGUUAAACUAGCGACCGCCAACUACAUCGGCCAUUGAAUGAUAGAGAUCAAAGAGAUAAUCCAUAAACCGUGCUGUUUGCUAUCGAAUUAUUGGUCGAGUCGGAACCAUGUCCUGCGACACGUCGUUCCGCUACGCUGGCUAACUCUAAACAAUGUACGAAGUUGACAGGCCUUGCAAAAGCCACCUUCCAAGCAACUCUCGGGAAUCGUCCAGAUACCACCAGUAUUAGUUGUCUAAAGAACCCCUUGCAUUCCUCAUAGCAACGGAUAUAAUGUCUCUCCCCAAGAAUCCUAUUUCUGCAGAACUCAUUACGAUCCUAAAAUCCCAAGUCAAAUCAUCUGAGAUUCUGACACCCUCGUCUGCGGGGUAUGCAGAAGCAAUAGCCCGCUGGUCUGAUGCGGCAGUCAAACCCGCUGGUGCUGUCCUGCUUGCUGCUAAUGUGGAAGAUGUUAGUGCUGCCGUCAAGCUCGCGCAGCAGCACAAACUGGAUCUGGCAGUAAAAGGCGGCGGACAUUCUGUAUCAGGGACUAGCUCAUCUGACGAUGGACUGGUAAUUGACUUGUCUCGUAUGCGACAUGUCGACGUUGAUGCGGAGCGCAAAACGAUCACCGCACAGGGAGGUUGCCUCUGGGUUGACGUUGACGAAGCUGGUGGUCAACAUGGCCUGGCUACUGUUGGGGGCACUGUCAACCAUACUGGAAUUGGUGGCCUUACCCUCGGAGGAGGGUACGGAUGGCUGUCCUCAAAGUACGGGCUGGUCAUUGACAAUGUUCUUUCGGUCACAAUGGUCUUAGCAGAUGGCCGGAUUGUCAAAACUUCAGCUACAGAGGAGCCAGACUUGUUCUGGGCAGUACGUGGUGCUGGCCACAACUUUGGUGUUGCCGUCGAAUUUGUCUACCAGGCCUAUGAGCAGGUGGACCCGGUGUUUUCUGGAUUUUUGAUCUUUCAACAGGAAAAGCUCGAGGCUAUUAUCGACACUCUUAAUCGGGGAAUGCAACAUCCCCAGCUGGAUUCAUCCACCAUGUGCAUAUUAGGGACGCAUCCUGGUACUGCUGAACCCAUGGUGGCAACAUGUAUUUUCCAUCGUGGGACCGAAAAGGAGGGCAGAGAAGCGUUCAAAGACCUAUAUGCCCUUGGUCCAGUCAUGGAUGGUGCUAAGAUGAUCCCCUAUUCGACUGUUAACGCUCAGGUUAACGAAAUGGCCACACACGGGGCAAGGCGAAACAUUCAGGGCCUAUGCUUCUCUCCCCCCUUGAGGCCGGCCUUCGCACGCAGUGUUAUGAACAAAUAUGCAGAGAAGAUAGCAGCAGAUUCAGAUAUGAUAGGAACGGCCGUUAUUUUCGAAUAUUUUGACAUGAGAAAAUGCACAGAAGUGCCGAUAGAGUCGACUUCUUGUGCUAACCGGGGACCGACCCUCAACGGGCUACUGACCAGUAGGUGGAACAAUAAAAAUAACGACUCGGCGAACCGUCAAUGGGGAAGGGAUAUGCAAAAGAUGUUUGUGAAAGAGAUGGAGCAAAGCACCUCGGCUAUAUCCACAAACGAGGUACCUCAGUAUAUUAAUUAUUCCGAAUCUAGCGACACAUCCUUUCAAAAGAUGCAUGGCAUCCAUGCUGCUAGACUGCAAAAGCUGAAGGGGAAAUAUGAUCCCACCGGGAUGUUUGGCAAAAUGUGCCCCAUUAUGCCUGCCAAUUGA